UACUUUUCCCUCUUUAUAGCUGCAGGCACAGCUGAGAAAGAGAGCCGCAGAGAUUGGUCCUCUGCUUCAUCUGUGUCUUCAAUGGCGACCUGGUUCCUAUCAGAAUGUGGCUUAAAGCCUCUCCCUUUAUUAUUUCCUAGACCCACAGCUGGUGCUGUUUCUCGCACCAGCUCGUUAAAGCUCAGAUUUUUGCACACCGGCAAGAUUUCUUCUUCUGCAGAUCUGAGACUACCCGUCGUCAAAUUUUCUGGUGGAUGUUUUAGAGAGAGAAGUUGGGGGAUUAAAGUCAGUGUUCCAUGUAGAUUUCAAUCGAUAGAAGGAGAAGAAGGGAGAACAGAUGGCGUUUUUGGGAUUGAAGGAGAAGAAGAAGUUGAAUUUGAUCCUGGAGCGCCUCCAUCGUUCAAAUUGGCUGAUGUUAGGGCUUCAAUACCAAAGCAUUGUUGGGUUAAGGAUCCAGUGAAGUCAAUGAGCUAUGUAGUGAGAGAUGUUGCUGUGGUGUUUGGUUUGGCUGCAGCCGCAGCUUACCUUAACAAUUGGAUUGUUUGGCCUUUAUACUGGGCUGCUCAGGGAACCAUGUUUUGGGCUCUGUUUGUUCUUGGCCAUGAUUGUGGGCAUGGGAGCUUUUCAAACAAUCCCAAGCUAAACAGUGUGGUUGGGCAUCUUCUUCAUUCUUCAAUUCUUGUACCUUAUCAUGGAUGGAGAAUUAGCCAUAGGACUCACCAUCAAAACCAUGGGCAUGUUGAAAAUGAUGAAUCAUGGCACCCGCUUCCUGAGAAAAUCUAUAGGAGUUUGGAUAACCUUACAAAAAUACUGCGUUUCACUGUACCUUUCCCAAUGCUCGCUUACCCUUUCUAUCUUUGGAGUAGAAGCCCUGGAAAAACUGGUUCUCACUUUCAUCCAGACAGCGAUUUGUUUGUGCCAAAUGAGAGAAAGGAUGUGAUCACUUCCACUAUAUGUUGGUCGGCCAUGGCUUCUUUGCUUGUGGGUUUAUCUUUCAUAAUGGGCCCUAUUCAACUGCUUAAGCUCUACGGCAUCCCUUAUUGGAUAUUUGUUAUGUGGCUGGAUUUUGUAACUUACUUGCAUCACCAUGGUCAUGAAGAGAAACUUCCUUGGUAUCGAGGAAACGAAUGGAGCUACCUGAGGGGAGGGCUUACGACACUCGAUCGCGACUAUGGAUGGAUCAACAACAUCCAUCAUGAUAUUGGAACCCAUGUCAUUCACCACCUCUUUCCUCAAAUCCCUCAUUAUCACUUAAUUGAAGCCACUGAGGCAGCUAAGCCGGUGCUCGGCAAAUACUACCGGGAGCCAGAGAAAUCAGGGCCGAUACCUUUUCACCUAAUCGGAAGUUUGAUAAGAAGCUUGAAGAAAGAUCACUAUGUUAGUGACACUGGACAUGUUGUGUACUAUCAGACUGAUUCUCAACUUAAUGGCUCAUCAUCAGAGUAAACUAAAUUCUGAAUAUCUUCACUGUAAGCUUUCAGCUAACCUUUGUAGAUUUCUUGGUUCAGCUUAGGAAAAUUAUAUGAGCUGUUCUGUGAUGGUAUGGCUAAGCAAAAAUCAUGGUGAUUGUGAGGCUCUUGCAUAAGAUGAUUGCAGGAUCUGUUUUAGUGAAGAUAGGGGAUGGGGUUACUGUAAUUCUGAAGUCAAGUGUGCAGUGUUUGAUCUUGAAAAGGAAAUUAACUCUUCAACAAAUUACACCAUAUUCUGGUAAACUGAUUCAUAACAGAAGGAAAUUGGCACAAAAGUAAUCCAAAAAAAAAGUAUGUUGAUUAUUUA